AUGAACAGGCACCCCGCCUAUCCCAAGGGCUAUUCGGCCUACCCUCGCGGAUCCAGUGCCUUUUCCAUCUCUCCCAACCGGUGGAAUUGCUCCAUCCAAGCUGUCAAUCCAUUGAAAGAGACCCUGGGCAUUCUCAAUGCUAAUCUAGUUCGUCUUGCCAGCUUCCAACCUCGUUCCCAACCCGCAUUUCGCCGUCGUCGCCAACUCUUCCAGCGAUUGAUUCUCCUCGGUGGAAUUUCACUACUGCUAGCUGUCUUUAUCUUCCCAUCAUGGCGAGCCGCUAUCCUCCCUGCAAUCUCCCUCGGUCUUCUCCACCCUUCGUCAGACCUCCAGCUCCAAACCGUUCGAUACUAUGAUCUCUCCGAGGUGCAAGGCACCGAAAAGGGCUGGGAGCGCGGGGAGCGCGUUCUCAUGCUCACCCCACUGCGCGAUGCAUCAUCCCACCUCGAUAUGUUCUUCAGUCACCUUCGCAACCUUACAUACCCACACAACUUGAUCGACUUGGCCUUCCUAGUGUCGGAUUCCCGCGAUGACACACUGGAGCUGCUCACAAGUAUGCUGGAGGAAGUUCAGAACGCUAAGGAUCCGAAGAUGGCUUUUGGUGAGAUCUCUGUGAUUCAGAAGGACUUUGGUCAGAAAGUUCAACAAGAUGUGGAGAGUCGACAUGGUUUUGAGGCGCAGGCGGACCGGCGUAAAUUGAUGGCCCAGGCGAGAAAUUGGUUGCUGAGUGCGACAUUACGUCCUACGCAUAGCUGGGUCUACUGGCGUGAUGCAGAUGUAGAGACAGCACCACCUACCAUUCUUGAGGAUCUGAUGCGUCAUAAUAAAGAUGUUACUGUCCCGAAUGUUUGGCGACCGCUCCCUGAUUGGUUGGGAGGAGAACAGCCGUAUGAUCUGAAUUCAUGGCAAGAGUCAGAUACUGCGCUGGAGUUGGCGGCUUCUUUGGAUGAAGAUGCUGUCAUCGUCGAGGGAUAUGCAGAGUAUGCGACAUGGCGACCUCAUCUAGCCUACCUGCGGGAUCCCUACGGGGAUCCAGACAUGGAGAUGGAAUUAGAUGGCAUCGGAGGUGUCAGUAUCCUGGCAAAGGCUAGAGUUUUCCGCGCUGGUGUUCAUUUCCCGGCCUUUAGUUUCGAGAGACAUGCUGAAACAGAGGGCUUCGGCAAGAUGGCGAGGCGCAUGAAGUUCUCGGUAGUUGGAUUACCCCACUAUGUCAUCUGGCACAAGUACGAGCCUAGCGUGGAUGACCUGCGCCACAUGGCAGAAAUGGAAAUGGAACGACAAACUCGCGAGCGCGAAGAACAGGAGCGCCAACUUGCCCAACAAAAUGAGGGUAGUCAACUGAAGGCUCAGGAUCUUGCGAAUGGUGACGCUGCUAAGGGCUCUGAUGAAGGUCCAGCAGCGCACCCAUUGAAGGAUGCUGUAAAGGGCUCCUCCAAUAAAUAA